AUGUCAAUGCUUGCCAUCCACCUCGAGCAGAUUGCCCUCUCCUGCGAGGGCAUCGACUCGCUCCCCUUCCCGCCCCCGAAAAUCUUUACCAAUGCGAUGCUCUACAACACCGACAUCACCUCCCUAAUCCGCGACACCGAAGCCCACGAACGCGCUCUCUUCUCCGUCCCGCCACCACCACCGCCGCCAUCCUCAGCAGCCUCCCAGAACCCAGACUCGAAACCCACCACGUCUCGCCGGCAGACCGUCUUCAACGUUGCCUCGGGCGAAGUCACCACCGGCCCCCCACCAGGAAGCUCCCGCGCAGGAGGCGGCGGCGUGGGCGGCCCGCGUCGCCACACCGCCGUCUCGGCUGUCCUCGGCGGCGACCUCCACGCCCAGCUGCGCCGUGGCGAGCGCCAGGCCGCCAGCAAGGGGGGCGACGUCGACGUCGAAGUUCUCCUCCAAGGCGCGACGAAGCUGUGCGGCGUCUACGCCCUGCCCGGCGCGCUGGAACGCAUCCCGCAGCUGAGGUCGCGGUACGCGCAUCAGACCAACACGCUGGCGUACUACGAGGCCAAGGUCGCCGAGAACCAGGCUGCGCUGGAGAGGAUGAACAAGGAUCACUGGAUGGGAGAGGGAGACGAGGAGCCAGAAGACGAGGACGAUGAAGAAGAGGAGGCAGGCGAGGAUGUCAUGACGGAAGAGGAUCUGCGCGCCGAGGAGGAGUUUGUGAGGGAGCUCGACAAGAAGAAGCGUGAGCUGCAGCAGCGGUUGCGGGCAAUGGAAAAGGAUUUGGGAGCACUAUUGAAUAUGUGA